ACACACAUACCCGCUGACGCCCUCUCUCUCCCACCACUGGCUCUCUGAAUAGCAGCUCCAUCCUCCUGGCUUGGAGAGAGAAGCUCUUUUGUUAUUCAAAUCACACACUCCAGCGUGUGGCUGAGUGCAGCAGGCAGGCUCCAGCCACCCGAUUCUUUUCCUCUUCCUGAUAUCGGAUGAGCCAGAGCAUUUCUGGUUUCCUGGUCGAAGGGGCUGUGCCAUCCCUGGGCUGUUUGGAGCGCGUGGGAGUUGGUGCUUUGUUGCCCCUCACCUCGCCUUUGCUUCCAGCUCCAUUCUGCCUUUUUCUGGGCACUCCUCAGCCUGCAAGCUGGCCCUGCUUUCAGACCUUCCUCUCUGCAUGCUUCCUCUGCCCCGGCAUUUCCAUUCGGACGGCGCUUGUUGCUGAUUUGCAAGGUUGCCAGUAUGGGCUUUUCAGAACCGUAUUAACCGGCCGAGCCUCUGAGCAUUCAGAGAACAGGGGUGGUGGGGGGGGGGAAGCUCUGUCUUCUUCUUGGAUAUUGUGAUCUUCAAGCUUCAGGAUUUCUGAGCCGGCUCUCUCCUCGAGGGUAGGGAGCCAGGAGCAGCUCUUGGCCAUGGAGGUGGGCAAGAUGACUGUCAGCAUCAAUAAGGCCAUUAACACACAGGAAGUGGCUGUCAAGGAGAAACACGCCAGAACAUGCAUCCUGGGAACCCACCACGAGAAAGGAGCUCAGACCUUCUGGUCCGUCGUGAACCGACUCCCCCUCUCCAGCAACGCCGUGCUCUGUUGGAAGUUCUGCCACGUGUUCCACAAGCUCCUCCGCGAUGGACACCCAAAUGUCCUGAAAGACUCUGUGAGGUACAAGAACGAGCUGAACGACAUGAGCAGGAUGUGGAGUCAUCUGAGUGAGGGCUACGGGCAGCUGUGCAGCAUCUACCUCAAACUGCUGAGAACCAAAAUGGAGUUCCAUACGAAAAACCCCCGGUUCCCAGGCAAUCUCCAGAUGUCUGACCGGCAGCUUGACGAGGCAGGAGAAAACGACGUCAAUAACUUCUUCCAGCUGACGGUGGAGAUGUUUGACUAUUUGGAGUGUGAGCUGAACCUGUUCCAGACGGUAUUCAGCUCCUUGGACAUGUCUCGCUCCGUGUCGGUCACUGCUGCUGGCCAGUGCCGGUUGGCCCCGCUGAUACAGGUGAUACUGGACUGCAGCCAUCUCUAUGACUACACUGUUAAACUCCUCUUCAAGCUGCACUCCUGCCUCCCCGCUGACACACUACAGGGCCACAGGGACCGUUUCCUGGAGCAGUUCAGAAAGUUGAAAGAUUUGUUCUAUCGCUCCAGCAACCUGCAGUACUUUAAACGGCUGAUUCAGAUCCCACAGCUCCCAGAGAAUCCUCCCAACUUUCUGCGGGCCUCGGCUCUGUCGGAGCACAUCAGUCCCGUGGUGGUGAUCCCGGCUGAGGCCUCGUCCCCAGACAGCGAGCCCAUCACCGAUCUAGUGGAGACGGACACAGCGUCACAACAGAGCUUGUUUGACAAUAAGUUUGACGACAUCUUUGGCAGUUCGUUCAGUAACGAUCCUUUCAACUUCAGCAGUCAGAAUGGGAUGAACAAGGAUGACAAGGACCGGUUGAUCGAACAGCUGUACCGGGAGAUCAGUGCACUGAAGGAGGAGCUGGAGAACUUCAAGGCAGAGAGCCAUCGCCUAGGGGUGCAGCUGAGGGGCCGGAUCAGCGAGCUGGAGGCAGAGCUAGCGGAGCAGCAGCACCUCAAGCAGCAGGCCCUGGACGAGAGCGAUUUCCUGCACACCGAGCUGGAGGAGCUGAAGAAGCAGUGGGAGGACACUGAGAAAGCCCAGAGGAGCCUGACGGAGAUUGAGAGGAAGGCGCAGGCUAACGAGCAGCGGUACACCAAGCUGAAGGAGAAGUACAGCGAGCUGGUGCAGAACCAUGCUGACCUGCUGCGCAAGAACGCAGAGGUCACCAAGCAGGUAACGGUAGCGAGACAGGCCCAAGGCGAUGUGGAGCGGGAGAAGAAAGAGUUAGAGGACUCCUUCCAGCGCGUGAGCGAGCAGGCCCAGAGGAAGGCUCAGGAACAGGCAGAGGUCUUGGAAACCUUGAAGAGAGAGCUCACAUCCAGCAAGCAGGAGCAGCAGGCCCUCCAAAGCACUCUGAAAUCCAGUUUGCAGUUGGAAGCAGAGCGUAGCACCAGGACAGCGGGCUUGGAGCAGGAGAGGGACACCCUGGUGGUGGCAGUGGCCCAGCGCAGCCAGGAGGUGGUGGCAUUGCAGGCCGAGUUGCAGCAGCUGAAGGACACUCUAGACAGCGAGAAGGAGAGCAGCAGUAAAACGCUGGAGACACUGCAGACCCGGCUGGGAGAGAAGGAGAGCCGUGAGCAAGCCCUCCAGCAGCGGCUCCUGGACGAGCAGUUUGCCUUGCUGCAGUGCACGGUGCAGGAGGCAGAGCAGAUGGUGCAGGACUCCCUGAACCGACUCGACGACCCCGCCCACAUCAGCUGCACGAGCUCUGCAGAUUAUCUCCUGUGCAGAACGUUGGCUGCCUCCGACUGCAUAGAGCGGCUCCAGGGCGCGCAUGGCAAAUACCUUUCCAACCGCUCAGACGUAAGCAGCCUACUGCCAUGCGUGGCCCUGUUUGCCCACCUCAUCAGCGACACCAUCUUGCAGGGCAGCGCCACCUCCCACAUGGUCCCUAUGGAGCCUGCUGACCUGCUGUCGGAGAUGUGUAAGCAGUGCGGGAGCGAGGCCCUGAGCUACCUUGGUGCCCUGAAAGAUGAGGCCUCCCUGGGGGGCGCCGACUGCACCGCCGUGAGAAACUGCCUGAGCCGAAUCAGCGCCAUCGGAGAGGAGCUUCGGCCCAAAGGCCUGGACGUCGAGCAGGAGGAGCUGGGGGACCUGGUGGACAAGGAGAUGGCAGCUACGUCAGCAGCUGUCGAGAUGGCAGUUGCCAGGAUAGAGGAUAUGCUCAGCAAGUCUCGGGCUGGGGACACCGGGGUCAAGCUGGAGGUCAAUGAGAGGAUUCUGGGCUCCUGCACGGACCUGAUGCAGGCUAUCCAGAUGCUAGUCCUGGCUUCUAAGGACCUCCAGAGGGAGAUUGUGGAGAGCGGAAGGGGCGCAGCGUCCCCCAAGGAGUUCUACGCCAGGAAUUCCCGCUGGACGGAGGGCCUGAUCUCAGCGUCCAAAGCCGUGGGCUGGGGAGCCACCGUCAUGGUUGACGCCGCUGACCUGGUGGUGCAAGGAAAAGGCAAAUUCGAGGAGCUGAUGGUGUGCUCUCAUGAGAUCGCGGCUAGCACUGCCCAGCUGGUGGCUGCCUCCAAGGUGAAAGCGGAUAAGGACAGUGCUAACCUGGCCAGGCUCCGGCAGGCAUCGCGAGGAGUCAACCAGGCCACCGCCGGGGUGGUGGCCUCCACCAAGUCAGGGAAGUCUCAGAUUGAAGAGAAAGACAGUAUGGACUUCUCCAGCAUGACACUAACUCAGAUCAAGCGCCAGGAAAUGGACUCGCAGGUGCGAGUGUUGGAGCUGGAAAACCAGCUGCAGAAGGAGCGCCAGAAACUGGGAGAACUCCGCAAGAAGCAUUAUAAGCUAGCGGGCGUGGCGGAGGGCUGGGAUGAGGACGCUGCAGAGUAGCUUCCCACGCCUGAAUCAGCGACCCACGGACGCCCCUUCAGUUGGCCGGGACCCAGCGUGGUGCAGCUCUUGCUGAAGAUACAAAAUAAACUGGUGCAAAAUCCGCCUUGAAGCACAUGUCCUCUGCGUUCCCAAGGACCCUCCUCCAGCACGCCCGGCCGGGCAGCCGCCCCACCCUCGACUGGGCAAGUAGAAAGUGCGGAGGCCUGAAGUGCCCGGAGCCAUGGCAGCGCCGGCUCCCCACAGCCACGGGACACAGACUCUGCCCGCGUGUUUAGCGCAGCUGCUUUGGGUUCCGACUGUAAACCUCGGUUCGCUCUUGCACAGACUGAACCGGUUCUGCCUCGGCGACACGAGCCAGGACGCACCCCGGGCCCUGGCGGCGGCAGCUCCGAUCUGGCGUGGGGUACUAGGGCUUUGACCCCACUGUGCUUCGCCAGCCCGGUUCAGAGCCAGCGGUGGGCUGGGCAGGGCGUGGAAAUGCAGCCAAGCUGGUUCUCCUGCUGGCGAGGCUGGGCGGGCUCUGGGCUUGGUACUGGGCACACCGCCCUCCCCACCCCCAUGCUUCCCCUCCCACUUGCUGUUCUAAGCUGGCCCUGUGCAGCUGAGAGCCCGUGGGGGGCGUGCUGCACCCGGGGGGUGGACAACGAGUGCCUUUCACUGCUGGAAGAGGGCCAGCGUGCCUCAAGAACACCUCAUCCACGAGUGUCUUACUGCACUUCGAACAGGGCCAUCCCAGGGCAGCCGGCCUCCAGCCGCGGGGAGCUGUCAGCGGUGCCCCAGCACGCAGGCCGGGGGAGCCCUGGUCCCUUAAAGCCAUGUGUUAGACAGCCUGUGGCAGCGCCCAAACUACCAGCCUGCCAGCCCCUGAACCCCCGGUGGGAGAGGGUCCUAGCCUGGUCCUGGGAGCCGACCCAUCCCCACCCCAGAGCAGGGAGCUGUCCCAGCCUCGUGCCUGGAGCAGAUCACUGUGUUAGUGCCAGCAAUAAACCACUGUCAAAGGUGCUUGGCCCGGCGCAAGGGAGAGGCGUCUUUCCGAGCUCCUGCCGCUCCAUCACAGCCUCUGCCUUUGCCAGCGGGGAGAGUUACCCGGGCCGCCCCACCGGCUCUGAUCCCCGCCCAGUGGGAAGGGGGCACUUGGACCCUGGCUCCAGCCAGCUUGCAAUAGAGCUCUGCAGGGCACCCAGCUGCCGGUUCUCCUCACUGAUCUGAGCAGCAUGGCUGGUGCAGACUGCAGGCGUCUGGUGCUGGACUGAUCCUUGGUGCCCUCCGGGGGCUGCUACGGAGCAGAAAGCUGCUCUAGAAUUUGGAACAAGCACGGUCCCCUUCGCUGCCUCUGUGCCCUCCUUGCUGUGCGCAGCUGGGCAUCUUCUGGGCACUGUGAGCCCGCGGGGGCAGCCCAUGGCCGGGUUUGCUUGGGAAGCGAGGGAUGGGAGCAGAGGAGUGACCCCUGGGAACACCUCCCUUCCCUUCUAGACGGGACAGAGGAGGCUGAAGAUGCUUGGUGGCCUGUGUCAUUUCACCCCUUUCGAGGCAGCGAAUCCAAAGGCAACCCGGGGUCUGAGCUCACCCCUCCCUGGGAGCCCAGCCAGCUGCUCAGAACAUGGCCACCCCAUCACUUAGAUCUCCCCCCCUCCCCGCUCAGGUGGCACCCGCUGGGGAUGGAGGGGCAGUCUGCCUGUAGCAGAAACAAAACACCGUCCUGCUCUGGGCUUUCAGGUGCUGCCUCUCAGCCAGUGCCGACAAAGGAGUCGGUGAAAUACCCUCCCUGCUGCUACAGCCGGGCGGUCCUGGGCUGCUCGUACCCAGCGGACAGCCUGCACUGGGGCAGUUCCUGCAAAUCGGGGGCCCGUUUCAUCCCAUGGGAAUCCCACUGCAGUGAGAUGUGGAGGCGAAUUUGCCUUUGCGUGUGCGUGGCCGGUCUCCCUCCCUCUGCCAGGGCUAGUGGCUGCGGGUCGGUGCCCGGUGCACAGGGCCAGUCCCCCUCCCCCUGCCAGGGCUAGUGGUUGUAGGUCAGUGCCUGGUGCACAGGGCCGGUUCCCCUCCCCCUGCCAGGGCUAGGGGUUGUAGGUCAGUGCCUGGUGCACAGGGCUGGUUCCCCUCCCCAUGCCAGGGCUAGGGGUUGUGGGUCGGUGCCUAGGGCCAGUUCAACUCCCCGUGCCAGGGCUAGUGGCUGCGGGUCAGUGCCCAGGGCCAGUUCCCCUUCCCCUGCCAGGGCUAGGGGCUGUGGGUCAGUGCCUGGUGCACAGGGCUGGUUCCCCUUCCCCUGCCAGGGCUAGUGGCUGCAGGUCAGUGCCCAGUGUGUGUGGCCGGUUCCCCUCCCCCUGCCAGGGCUAGUGGCUGUGGAUCAGUGCCCAGUCUCACAUGUCUCUGGGUGGGAUGGGGCUGCCACCUAGUUGGUGCCCCGUGUCUAAUUUAAAAACCAGCUGGUUCAAGCAGUGGCGAUAAUCGGGCCCGAUUCAGACCUAGUCUGUGUCCUACUCCGCAGAAGCCAUUGCUGCCCCCCCAGGGGCUGUCUGUCCCUUUGGGCAGUGGCCGUUCCCCCUUGUCAGCAAUGGCUGCAGCCGGCCCUGGGGCAGGUCUAAGCCAGAUCUGCACGGGCUGCCCAGGGCCUUGGGAGAGGCGCUCUUACAGCCUGGCUGGUGAAAUCCAGUCUGGCCAGUAACCUGCCUUUUCAGACAGGACUGAAGUUUGUCCUCCUGAAGCUGCCAAUCAAUCACCCAGUCACCCGGCAGUGCUGGCUCCCCUCUCCCAGGAGCCGGCCACGGCCCAGCUGCCUCCAGCUAAGCUGACAGCCAUGGCCCAGCCCAAGCCCUAGCAGGACAAGCCGGGACAGCCCAGCCUCUGUCCACGCUGGCUCUGGCGUGUGGCACCACGUGCCAAUCUGGGCGCCUGUCGUGCCCGUGUAGGAGAAAACAGAGCCCCGGCCUUCAGGCAGGCAGCAUAUGGGUCUGUGGGUGUUCACCAUGUGGGCCCCAGCCCCGGAUCUCUGCUCUGGGACACUAAACACUAACCCUGGCUCCUGGCGGAGCCCAUGCGGUGCUAUGGCCUGCAGGGGCGCCCAGCCCCGUAGGACUUUGUGUCUGGUGCUUUCACUGCUUCCAAGUCAGCGUGAUCCACCCCCCCGCCACCGACAGACCAAAUACAGCCCCGGCCUCCAGGAGCAGCCUUGGCCUGCAACUACCUCCGAAGCAAUAGGAGCUGCAGCAGGCAGGCGGGGGGUGGGGGACGUGCUUACACCCCCUUCCUCCGGUGCGGGGUCCCACCUGGGCGGCUCAACCCCAGCUACCUCAGCUCUCCGGGCUGGUGACACAGGGACAGAGCCGGGAGGAAGAGCAGGGAGAGAGGGGUUGGAGGAGGAGGAGGGGUUCUGGGGAUGGAGGAGAUGGGCUGAGGGGUUCUCAG